UGUGUAGAAAACGGAUCAGAUAAACUCUCUUGAUCUGGAUCGUAUGAGCUUAGUUUGCCUUCUUCAAACAAGAAGUGAAGUUUUCUAUUAACAAAAGGAAAUAGUUUACCGGCUCUCUCUCUCUCUAAAACUCUCUGACUUAUCUCUACCCUUGAUCUCACUUCAUCAAAUGUCGACAACUGACCCCACACCGUACAACCACCGUACCCACCAGAUCCAUCUAUUGCUCCAAUGACAAAUCAACAACCUAACACCAACUCCUCCACCCUCCCUCCUACAAUGGUCACAAUAGCACCCACAACGGCUAGUGACCCAACACCCAUUUCCACUAGCACCACCAAUGAAACCACCAGAAACCCAACACCCAAAACUAAUAACACCAUCUCAUCUGUCAAAGAUCCAAUUUUUUCACCCCAACCUAAAGUUUCCUCCAAUUUCGACAAACUAAAUCGAGGAAGAAACCAAAUCAGUGAAAUCGAAAACACCAAAAUCCUUUCCCAAAAAACUGAAACCACCAAAACUCCCAAUACCCAACUAGAACAAUACCAAAAUAAACAACCCCUGACGACUAUCAACAUGCAAAAAGGAAUUCCGUUUAAUGCUAGCAGUAAAAUUGAAGACCCCCAAAAUAGUAGGAUGCAAAUGGUGUCAAAACCAACAUUCGCAGCUAUGGUUCAAGAUAUACUCCCCAAAUUGAAUGUAGGAGAACCAACUACUGAGAUCCAACAUGGCUUGAUGAUACUACCAUGUUCUGUUCUUGUAAUUCUGUGUCUUUGGACAUGGUGAUGACCAACCUUGGACUCUAUGAAAACGUUUCUUGCCAGUUGAUCAACAAAAUCAAAUCUGAUUUUUAUGUAUCCUUCAGAGAAGAUGAUCCCAAAGUUACUGAUAUUCAAAGGAUCACUGGUUAUUCUUUAUGACCCUUCCAUGUAAUCUAUCUUGGUUGUCCUAUAUACCUUGGGAGGAAAAAGGUUAUCUACUUCAACAGUAUGGUGGCCAAAAUUUCUAACAAACUCCAGGGUUGGCAUGGGAAACUCCUCUCCCACGGAUGAAAAGCAGUGUUGAUCAAGUUUCUUAUCCAGUCUAUGCCUAUCCACAUCCUCUCGGUAGUUCAACCCCCCAAAAAUACUCUGGAUCAAAUUCACAAGAUUGUGGCUAACGUUUUUUUAGGGUAAACAUUAGCAAGAGCAAAAGGCAUUGGAAUGCUUGGAAAGACCUAUGUUUUCCAGUCCUUGAACAAGGAGUUGGAUUUAGAGCUCUCCAGAAUGUUUGUAAAGCUUUCUCUGCCAAACUUUGGUGGAAUUGUAGAACUCAAAACAAUAUGCUCGAGGCUUUCUUUACGUCUAAAUACUGCAAAAGAUCACAUCAUGUGGCAAAGAAGUGGAACUAUGGGCACUCCUAUAACUGGAGAAGACUUAUGAACAUCAAGAUAGAUAUUGAACCUCAUAUCUUCAGGAAAAUUGGCAAUGGUGAUGUCUCAUUCUAGUGGGAUAAUUGGACUGGUCUUGGUCCUCUUGCCAAUGUUAUUCAACUGGAAAGGGCUUCUAGACGUAUUAAAAUAAAGGAUUUCAUCCAAGAUGGGACAUGGAAUCAUUAUAAACUUAUUAACUAUUUGUCUGUAAAUAUUGUCAAUACCAUUGAGAAGGUGGAUAUUACUGGAAGUGGCAAAGAUUGUCCUUACUGGCUACCUGAAAAUACUGGACUUUUUUCUACUAAAUCAGCUCAGCAAUUACUUAGAGAUAGAAAGGGGAGUACACUCUCUUGUAAAAGCAUCUGGCAAAAAACUAUUCCCAUUAAAAUUUUAUUAUUGUUAAAAGACUUC